GAGAUCCUCACUUUCUUCAUCGCUGGAGGAUGUGCGGGUGCAGCGAGCAGGACCGUCGUUUCACCAUUAGAGAGGCUAAAGAUCCUCCAACAAGUCCAGCCACACCAGUCUGGUCGCGCGCUCGCUUAUACAGGCGUGUGGUCCGGACUUGUAAAGAUGUGGCAGGAAGAGGGGUUCAAGGGGUUCAUGCGCGGUAACGGCGUAAACUGCGUUCGUAUCGUGCCCUACAGCGCUGUCCAGUUCACGAGCUACGAGCAACUGAAGACGGCGAGUUCUCGCCUUUGGUUCACCAACAACGGGCAGACAAAACUCGACACCCCUACACGUCUCUGCGCAGGCGCCCUCGCGGGUAUAACAAGCGUAGUGACGACCUACCCCCUCGAUCUCGUCCGUUCCCGGCUCUCCAUCGUCUCCGCCUCCCUGGACUCGCACUCGCAUGCGAAAGACAAGAUCCCCGGAAUAUGGGGAAUGACGGCCAAGGUCUACCGGGAAGAAGGCGGGAUCCGCGGGCUGUAUAAGGGACUCGUCCCGACCGCGGUGGGCGUAGCGCCCUAUGUGGGGAUCAACUUUGCCGCAUACGAGCUUCUGCGGGGGAUCAUCACCCCCCCGGAAAAACAGACGACGUUACGCAAACUCCUGUGCGGCGCUCUGGCAGGCACUAUCUCCCAGACAUGUACUUACCCGCUCGACGUCCUCCGCCGGAAGAUGCAAGUCAACGGGAUGAAAGACAAUGUCCUCGGGGUCAAGUACAAGAGCGCGACGGGGGCGGUCAUCAGUAUCGUCCGUACUGAGGGGGUCGUAGGGCUGUAUAGGGGUUUGUGGCCGAAUUUACUCAAGGUCGCGCCGAGUAUUGCAACGAGCUUCUUUGUCUACGAGUCGGUAAAGGAGUUUUUG